UCUGACCGUCGUGACACACUGGUGAACAUGAACAUACGCAGCAAGCUAAAUGACAUGAUAUGGGAAUAUUUUUAUUACUUUUCAAUGUGAAGUCUCUUUCGGACUAAAAGUGUAAGUUGCUUUUUACUAGCCUUGCCCCUCAAUAAGAAACCACUAUAUAAUAUUUAUAGUCUGCUCAGGCGGCAGUAAAUAUCAUUUUUAUGUUUGUAAUGUUCAUCAGCACAUAAGAUGCUACUGUAAAACCCCUGAGAAGCAUCAGGACUACUGGAAACUACUGUCACCAUCUUGUAACUGUAAGUUUAAUAAGAAGUGAUCUGCUGACUGCAGCACAUUUAAAUGAGAGCAGCUUUUUUCAAAGUCAGUUCAACCUCCUGCGGUGAUGGGAAGCAGAUGAAGUCAAAGUAGGCCAACCAAGUAUCAAAGUUUGUUAGUUUGCCAAAAUACCACCAAAGUAGGUCAGCGGCCUCUUUAAGGGUUUUCUCAGAGCCGUGGAAACAGAUCUUCGGGGGCUGAUGUCCUGAAAACAGCUUGACUGUAUCACACUGUUCUGGUUUUCAACAAAGCUCGACGGCCAGAAGGUCUCCUGUUCACUGAAAGCUGAGCUUGGAACAUCUGCUUUUCAGCAGCCGAGUUUAAGGAAAAAGGAGCAGGGAUGGGUCUCUCCUCCACUCUUUGGACAUUCAUUAUCACACUUCUCAGUGGAGCCUUGCUGCCGGCUGGCCGGCUGGGCUUUGAUGGCCCCGGGUACCUGACAGUAGAACCAGGUCCAGUGUUCCGCCUGGGCUCCGACCUCACAGUAUACUGCCACGUCCUGAAGGAUAGAGACCAGGAGGGACUCACCAUCACCCUGGAGCUGAAUGGUGAGAUUGUGUCUCCUUGGAAGAAGGUCAACUCCACCACAAUGAUGUUCAGACUGUUCAAUGUGCAGAUCCCUCGAUCCAAAGUGCUGUGCAAGCUAAGGAACCCUCAGCUGUCUCUGGUCGUUGCUGGACUGGACCUACGUGGAGGGCUCCCUCCAGAUAAACCUGUGAAUGUUCUCUGUGAGAUGACUGUGAGCUCUGACUUAAUAAAAUGCUCAUGGGAGAGAGGAAAUACUACAUACAUCCCUACGACCUACAACAUUUCCCUCUCCAGAGAAGACGUUAUACAGCUGCUGGAACAGGUCCAGGAUGCUAAAGACUUCUCCAUACCCCGAGCAAGGAUAGAUGAGAACUCCACUCAGGAGCUGAUCAUCAGGGCCUUCAAUCUCUUUGGAGAGUCGUGUUCCGACCCGUUGGUCUUCUGUGUGAAGGACAUAUUGAUACCGGAACCCCCUCUCAUCAUGCAGCUAGAGUUUGGGAAUAACUCCAUUACCGCCCUAUUGCAUUGGAAGGCCUCCAGAUCCUCGGAGAACGUGACAGUCGAUGUGCGGCUCCGCUCAGAUGAAGGCUUUUGGGAAGUGGGAGAGGGAACGGAAGUCAGCGAGGGUCUGUUUCAAGUGGGCGGACUGAGGCCUCUGACUCAUUAUGACUUCCAGAUGAGAGUAUGUGACUGCCCAUCAGGCCGGACGCAGAGGUCAAACUCCAGCAAAAGGUCGUCCUGCAGCAGAUGGAGCCUCUCUGAAGGGGGGAAGAGUCCUGGAAAAGGUCCGUCUCAACAGAUCCAGGUGUGGAGGACCUUCGGCCUUGGGGCGCCCGACGAGCUAACGGUCUUAUGGAAGCCUCCCUCUCCAGAGGACCACAGCGGCGCGGUGCAGAGCUACCUCAUCCUCCUGGAUCAGAAGCAACAAGUGAUGUGUGAUGCUGCUGUGAGUCAGUGGUCCCUUCAGGUGCCAGCGGAGCUCCAGGAGCUCAGCGUCACCGCAGUGACCUUGUAUGGGACGUCCCCCCCGGCCAAGGUGCCCCUCGGACCCUCAGGUGAUCGUGGACCCGUUCUAAAGGAGUUGACACCUGCAGCUGACGGCACCUCCGUGUCGGUCACCUGGUCGAUGCCGCGCAACCGAGACGCGCCAAUAUCUGGAGGAGAAGCACUGCACUACGUGAUAGAGUGGACAGGUGUAGGUGUGCAUAGGAAAGAGCUGCAGUGGAAACCGGUGUCCAGAGAUCAAAACAGCACCUCCAUCACAGGUGUGACUGCAGGUGUGAGGUACAACGUCUCGCUGUACGCUGUGAGCAGCAGAGGCGUCAGUGCCCUGUCUUCCAAGCUGGUCUACUCCAAAGAACAGGAACCAGCGUACGGUCCUAACAUAUCGGUCCUGGUCCACAAGGCCAGACGGAUCCUGAUCCAGUGGGAGGAGCCGCCUGUAGCCAAUCAGCAGGGCUUCAUUACCUACUACACCGUGUAUCUGCAGACCCUGGACUCCAGAGGCCAAACACUCAGCAUGACUGUUCCGGCUACCGAGCCCCAGCCGGUGUGGCUGGACUGUCCUGCAGGAGCUCUGGUUCUGCAGCUGACUGCCUCCACCUCAGCAGGAGAAGGCCGACGGGGGAACCGGGUCUGCUCUCAGCCCGAGAGCCCUGCAGGUCCCUCCGCCCGGGUUAAUGUGUGCACAUCAAAGAAUCAUUCCUCUCUGACUGCACAUAGCCAGGCUCCUGCAGCCGGCCUGGUGGUCGUGAUGGUUUUCAUCAUCACCCUCUUCAUAGUGGUCGUAGCCAACAUGAUGUGCUGCAGUUGUGUGAGGGAGAGGGUCAAAGAGAAGGUCACACCGUGGGGGCCGACCUGGCUUCAAGACAACUUCCCAAAAGUAGGAAACAGUUACGCCAUCCGACUGCUGCAGCAGAGCGGAAGUGAACCCUCCUUCUCGUCCUACCUCAGCGACCCCCCACUGUCUCCCAUCAGCCUGGUCUCCCAGGAGGACAGAGACAACGCUUACCCCACUGUUCACGUCCAUGGAUCCCCCGUCGAACCCACGCCUUUCCUCCAAUCAGAGAUGCUGGAACGUGUGGGAUACAAACCUCAGAUUGCUACGUCAGCUCCACCCGCACAGCAGACGCAGGACGAACUGAGGGAUGUUCUGUCCAACGAGGACGAAGACGAAUGUGUACUCGGAGGGUUGCUGGCAGGCUUUCCGUCCCAUGUGGAGAUGGAUUCCUCUCAUGCCCCUCUGGGGCUGAACUUCAGCUCUGUUGCUGAUCUUCUUUGGACUCCAGAAGCAACAGGUUUGUUGAAUGGAGGCUUCCUGCUGGUGAGGAACGAGGAGGAAGUGGACUCAAAGCAGGGUGAAGCAGAAACGCCUGAACCUGAGGACUCCUGCUGGUCUCAGGACACAGUGGGGACUCGUCUCGUUGAGGGCUACUUCCCCCAAGCAGCUGUGAGCAGAACCAUGCUGAGAUAGCAGGAUGAUGGGAACCAACACGACCUUCCACACUACAAACUGGUCCUAGAGAGAGCAUCACAGCUUCACUCCUCUAAAACCUCACCUGGAGACCAGGAUGUAAUGCUGGACCUGCUGGAGGGAAGGCUGCCCCAGAGAACCAGAGCCAGGACUGAGAGGGGCAGAAAGCCUGCUGCAAUAGAAUAAGAGGUUUUCUCCAGGGACCCCUGUGAUAUCGUCCACAAGUUCAUAAUACUUAUAAAUAACUAAUAAAUGUUGUGUUCAUUUUGA